AUGCUGCUUUGGAUUCUGUUGCUGGAGACGUCUCUUUGUUUUGCUGCUGGAAACGUUACAGGGGACGUUUGCAAAGAGAAGAUCUGUGCCUGCAACGAGAUAGAAGGGGAUUUGCACGUAGACUGUGAGAAAAAGGGAUUUACCAGCCUGCAACAUUUCACCGCCCCAACUUCCCAGUUUUACCAUUUAUUCCUGCAUGGCAAUUCCCUGACUCGACUUUUCCCUAAUGAGUUUGCUAACUUUUACAAUGCAGUCAGUUUGCACAUGGAAAACAACGGUUUGCAUGAGAUUGUUCCUGGGGCUUUUCUUGGGCUGCAGCUCGUAAAACGCUUGCACAUAAACAACAACAAGAUCAAAUCGUUCAGGAAGCAGACUUUCCUGGGGCUGGAUGAUCUGGAAUACCUCCAGGCAGAUUUUAAUCUAUUGCGGGAUAUUGACCCAGGAGCAUUUAGGGACUUAAACAAACUAGAAGUGCUGAUUUUAAAUGACAAUCUCAUCAGCACCUUGCCCCCAAAUGUGUUUCAGUAUGUGCCGAUCACCCACCUUGACCUCCGGGGAAACCGUCUUAAAACCUUGCCUUAUGAGGAGGUCCUGGAGCAGAUCCCAGGCAUUGCUGAAAUCCUUCUAGAGGAUAACCCCUGGGACUGCACUUGUGAUCUGCUGUCAUUGAAAGAAUGGCUGGAAAACAUACCCAAAAAUGCUUUGAUCGGCAGAGUGAUUUGUGAGGCUCCUACCAGGUUGCAGGGCAAAGAUUUAAAUGAGACCACAGAGCAAGAACUGUGCAAAAAGAACAGAGUGGAUUCUAGCCUAGCUGCUCCCCCUGCUGAAGAUGAAACCUGUGAUCCUGGUCCCAUUCCAACCCCCUUUAAAAUACAUGGCAAAGAAGACCCUGCAACACCAGGAUCUGGUCCAAACGGAGGUACAAAGAUUCCUGUCAACUGGCAAAUCAAGACCAAGCCCACUGCUGCUGUCUUGACAGUUAGUGUGAAGAGCAAGCUACCAGCUGCUGUGUCCUGCCCACAGAUCUGCAGCUGUGAUCAGAUCCCUGGCUCAGGUUUAAAGGUUAAUUGCAAUGACAGGAAUGUGAGCAGCUUGGUUGAUUUGAAGCCCAAGCCAUCCAAUGUGCAGGAGCUGUUUCUGAGAGACAACAAAAUACACACCAUCAGGAAAUCCCACUUUCUGGAUUACCGGAAACUUAAUUUACUUGAUCUGGGCAACAACAACAUCGCCACUGUUGAGAACAACACCUUCAAGAACCUCUUUGAUCUCAGAUGGCUCUACAUGGAUAGCAACUACUUAGAUACCCUGUCCAGGGAGAAAUUUGCUGGGCUGCAAAACCUGGAGUAUCUGAACGUGGAGUUUAAUGGGAUCCAGCUGAUCAUGCCUGGCACCUUCAAUGCAAUGCCCAAACUGCGAGUCCUCAUCCUCAACAACAACCUGCUGAGGUCUCUGCCAGUAGACGUGUUUGCUGGGGUCUCACUUUCCAAGCUGAGUAUACACAACAAUUAUUUUAUGUACCUCCCAGUGGCAGGGGUGCUGGACCAGCUCACCUCCAUCACCCAGAUCGACUUGCACGGCAACCCAUGGGACUGUACUUGCCCUAUUGUGCCUUUCAAGCAGUGGGCAGAGAUGCUGCGCCCCAAGGUGAUUAUGAGUGACCUAAGGUGCGAGUCUCCUGAAGAUUUCUUUAAGGAGGAUUUUGAGUCUCUCUCCAAUGACGUGAUUUGCCCUCAGUUAAAAAUCUCACCCACAUUAACUUCUAACAAAAAUAGCACUGGGUUGACAGAGACAGGUACUCACUCCAACUCCUACUUGGAGACCAGCCGGGUCUCUAUUUCAGUGCUGGUGCCAGGGCUCCUGCUGGUUUUUGUGACCUCUGCCUUCACGGUGGUUGGCAUGCUGGUGUUCAUCCUGAGGAACAGAAAGCGGUCCAAGAGGAGGGACGCCAACUCCUCAGCAUCCGAAAUCAACUCUUUGCAAACGGUCUGCGACUCGUCCUACUGGCACAACGGGCCUUACAGUGCUGACGGAGCCCACAGGGUUUACGACUGCGGCUCACACUCCCUGUCGGAUUAA